UUCGCGAACGACGCCACGCUGUGCAGAUACCUCCGCGCCAGGGACUGGAACCUGAAGAGGGCGAUGAAGAUGCUCAAGGCCUCGCUGCAGUGGCGCAAGGUGGCCCGCCCCGAGUUCAUCACCUGGGACGACGUGAAGAAGGAGGGCGAGGAGGGCAAGCAGUACCUCGCCGGCAGGGACAGGCACGGCCGAGCGGUGCUCAUUGCUCGGCCGGGUCGCGACGGCGGCAGAGAGCAGGCUUCGCACGUUCGCUUCCUCAUCUACACCCUGGAGCACGCCACGUGGAGCGACACCGCGGAGGAGGACCUGCCGUUGGGCGCGCACGCGGAGCACACUGGCGAGAAGCUCGUCGUGUUGAUCAACUUCACCGGCUGGACGCUGGCGACGGCGCCGCCGAUGAAGACGGCGCGGGAGACGCUCGCCAUCUUGCAGGAGCACUACCCCGAGCGACUGGCGGUGGCGGUGUGCUACAACCCGCCGUGGAUCUUCGCCGUGUUCUGGAAGGCGAUAUCGCCGUUCAUCGACCCGAACACCUACCGCAAGAUCCGGUUCGUCAACCCCAAGCGGGAGAAGGAGGUGCGGCGGAUGCGGCAGAUGUUUGACAUGUCGUGCGUCGACGAGGACCUGGGCGGCGACAGGUCAAACGCGUUCGACGCGCGCGCGUUCGGGGACAAGAUGCGGGUGUUCGACGCGAGGAAGGCGGCGGUGCUCAAGGCGAAGGCGAUGAGGUGA